AUGACCUUACUGUAUCAUCUAACGCACCAGAAGAAGAGGCAGCCUCAACAGAUCCAGCUGAAGCAUCUGCUAGUCAAGCAAUCCCAACGGGGCUUCCCUCAGAAACAGUGGAAGGAUAGCACAAGCGACGCAGACUCGGCUCUAGGCGACGACGACGCGGCAAGCGACACAACGUCCAUCGCUUCAACCAUACAUAAAGGUCGUUUCGAAAACGGCCGCCGUUACCACAAGUACCGCGAGGGCGAAAACGAUUACUGGGGUCCCAACGAUGAGAUCCAGAAUGAUCAACUCGACAUUGCGCACCACAUGUUUCUGAUCAUGCUGGACCAGAAGCUGCAUCUGGCGCCUAUCAAAGAGCCAGGGAAGGUGUUGGAUCUGGGAUGCGGAACAGGGAUUUGGUGUAUGGACAUGGCCGACGAAUACCCCGGUGCCGAGAUCCUCGGCGUAGACCUCUCCCCCAUCCAACCGCAAUUCACACCUCCCAACUGCAAAUUCGAAAUCGACGACGUAACCCUCCCAUGGACAUACACCCAGCCCUUCGACUUCAUCAACAUCCGCUCAUUAUACGGCUCCAUCGGUGAUUGGCCAGCACUCUACGCACAAGUUUACAACAACCUCGAGCCAGGCGGUUACCUCCACGAAAUGGAAAUGAGCAUCCAGUUCAAAUCCGACGACGGCACGUUGACCAAAGAACACGUUUUGUCUCAGUGGAGCGACCUCUUCCAUGAAGCAUCCGAGCGAUUCGGUAAAUCAUUCUACGAGGUGUGGAAUUUGUCGACGUAUAUUCGUAAUGCGGGAUUCAAGGAUGUCGAAGAGCGGGUGUACAAGGUUCCGGUCAAUGGGUGGCCGGCAGACCCCCAUAUGAAGGAGUUGGGAAGGUGGAAUUUGCUGCACAUCACGCAAGGAGCGGAGGGCUGGGGAUUGUAUCUUCUGACGAAGGUUAUGGGCUGGACGGUGGACGAGGCCCAGAUUUUCUUUGCUAAGUUCAGGUCGGGCGUGAAGGAGAGGAAGGUGCAUGCGUACUUUGAGGUCGUGGUGAUUCAUGCGAGAAAACCUUGA